CUGGUCUGAGCUGGAGCGCUAGAACUACAAUAUAGUACCUACCUGACCUAUCGACCGACCGACCGAUCGACCCAACCACCGCCGUACACACGAACAUCGCCGUCGCCUCUCAAGACUGAUUGCGUCCGGAGCACCUCACUUUGACUUCAACCUUUCACUCACCACCACCUCUACCACCACCACCAACAUGUCCUCGCGCAAGAAGAUCCUGCUCAAGGUCAUCAUCCUCGGCGACAGCGGAGUGGGCAAGACCAGCUUGAUGAAUCAAUAUGUCAACAAGAAGUUCUCCCAGUCCUACAAAGCCACCAUCGGCGCCGACUUCCUCACCAAAGAAGUCCUCGUCGACGAUCGCCUCGUGACUAUGCAACUGUGGGACACGGCCGGCCAAGAACGUUUCCAAUCCCUCGGCGUCGCGUUCUACAGAGGCGCAGAUUGCUGCGUCCUCGUCUAUGAUGUCAACAACUCCAAGUCCUUCGACACCCUCGACUCGUGGAGAGACGAGUUCUUGAUCCAAGCGAGUCCUAUGGACCCCGAAUCCUUUCCUUUUGUGGUCUUGGGUAACAAGGUGGAUGUGGAGGAGAGUAAGAGGAUGAUUAGCACGAAGAGAGCGCAGGCGUUUUGUCAGCAAAAGGGCGGGAUACCGUAUUUCGAGACGAGUGCGAAGGAUGCUGUGAAUGUGGAGCAGGCUUUUGAGGUGAUUGCGAGAAAUGCACUUGCGCAAGAAGAAUCGCAAGACUUCAACGGGGAUUUCCCUGAGACGAUUCCUAUCAACAUUGGCGAGAAUGAGCAGGGUUGUUCGUGCUAGUCGGGUAGAUGUGAAAUGAUAUCCUCCAAGAGACUCACGACCGGAGAAGUUGCAUGAGGAGUGGCAUCACAGGCGUUGUACGGCGCAUACCCCUACAAUUCUACGAGGGAGGAGGGAUAGGCCUCUUGUUUGUUUUGUACAUUACGCGAACUAUCUUGAGACAGUUGCCAACUGAAUACAGAAAUCUUACAAACAGCUCUCCACCAGGUUGCGCGAGACUUGUCCAUACGAAAAUCCUGUCUCGGGCCGCUGGAGAGACUAAAGAUCCGCGGAAGAGCAACUCCAUCGGUACCUUAUGCCCUUGGGUCUCAUAGGACAUGAAAAUUGUGGUCGCUGACAGGUUAUUGCUUCGGACUAGAGUUUGGAUGAAGUCGGACCCUGCGUUAUCCAUUUGGCCUGAUCCAGGGAGUUUUUGGUCUCUUCCACCAUUUCUUUCACAAUUUCUGCAGCCGUCUGUCCAGCUUUAUUGACAGAGCCUGCCACAAUUCCGAUUGGUCUCAAUGCAGCAGCAUCCUCGAUCUCAUCCGUCAAUUUGCCAGAUUCAUGCAGCUUGUCCAGCUCAUGCACAAGUGGCACAAUACCUCUCGAAGUGAGGUCUUUGAUCUCCGCUUGCCGAUUCACUUCCCAGUUGGUAAGGUAGGGAUUCCUCAAGGAUCGCAGAGGCCGCCCAGACCAUACUGUCAGCUUCACCCAGUCGUCAUACCCUGCAGCGAUCACUUGCUUCUUGUAGUUCUCGGGCGCUUUCGACUCGACACUGGGAAUGAAACGAGUGCCUACCCAGACUCCACUCGCACCAAGCAUGAGAGCUGCCGCAACGCUUCUCCCAUCGUUGAUUCCACCUGCCGCCACCAGGGUGACGGGCUUCUUUGUCAACGGAGAGGUGUAUUUCAUGCAGAUAUCUGCGCAGGCCGGAAUGAGAACC